CAGACAAGCACCUGUCAACUUCCGGCUAACAAACAUCCUAACAUUCCACUCUGUGAGUAAAGCUGGACACAAUCAGGAUGUAUCAAUGUAUUGCCAUGGAUGACAGCGGCAUGUAGUGCCUGUAACCAUGGUGAAGGCGUUGAAGGACAUGUGCCUCCACUGUGUCCAACACAGUCUGGAGCACAUCCCAAAUCUGCAGCAGAACUUACCUACUUUGUACAAAGAGAUCCUCAUUGAAAGACUGGCCAACCAUGACAUGUUUUUUGAACAUUACCGCCCAUUUAUUGCCAGUAAUUUGUUUUGUGAGAACUUACGUUAUGUCAAGCUGUACAAGUGCAGUCAAAUAGACAAUGAGUGCCUUAUAUCACUGUCUCGAGCUCGAUGUCAGCUGGAAGUCCUCACCAUUCACAGGUGUGAGAAUGUGUCAGAUGCUGGAAUACUUGCAUUGACAUCAGCCCAGACAUCAUUGCGGAAGCUGGAACUUCAGGCGUUGCCACUUCUGACAGGCCAGGGACUGUCUCAGAUUACCUCCCCUUCUUUGUGGAAGGCUGACUUUCGUGGCUGUCAUUCGUUAUUGAACAAUGGUAUUGCAACACUCGUGCAGAAAAAUCCAUCCUUACAACAUCUGGUGCUGGUGGACUGUCCAAAGAUAGAUGAGAAGAUAUUCUCUAUAGCUGCUGUCUCCCUGCAAGCUUCUCUGGAGGAGCUUGAAACCAGUCUACACACCGUCACUGACGACAGCCUACUGCAGCUGGCCACCCACUGUCCUAACCUUAAACGGUUAGACUUGAAUGGUUGUACCAAGGUGGGGAAAGAUGCUCUGAUAAAGCUGUUUCAGGGAUGUCCUCAUCUGGAGAAGCUUGAUCUGUCUUACUGCAACCGUCUCCGCCAACACCCAGAGAGUGAGGCACUGUGGACGUUGCCGCAGUCACUGCGAGAGCUGUCUCUGUGCGGAAUUCUCUUGGAAGAUGAGGGAAUAUUUGUGGAAUGUCUGCAACGUCUCCGUAACAUCAACUCCAUCCGACUCUGUGGGGUGUCAGCCUUAAAUGAUGACACUCUCACAAAGGUGUUGGAGCACAUCGGCAGCAAGUUGUCCCUCCUGGACCUGAGUGGGGGGAUGACGAGGAAGCUGACAGAUGAGGGGCUGGCAGCCGUGGCAAGGUACUGCACCAGCCUGGAGUCCCUCUCCCUCAGUCUCCUCCACACUCCCACAGGGAUCACCCUCAUGCCACUCUUCAAGGACAGGGACAGGGCCCUCCAGCUCAAGAAGCUCUUCCUCAGCUGUAACAUGAUAGACCUGGAACUGCUACACAAGAUAGCUGCCACAUGCCAUCAGCUGGACCAGCUGGACCUGUCUGGCCUGGUGUGUGUCACGGACGACCUGUUGUCACAGCUGGCCCACAACUGCCAACACAUCUCCCACCUCAGCAUCAAGGGCUGCAGACAGGUGACAGACUAUGGAGUGUGUGAGGUGGUCCGGUGCUGUCCACUCCGCCGACUUGUGGUGUCCGGGAUCAACAACCUGACUGACAAGUCUGUCUUUGCCCUGGCCAACAGCAACCCCUACCUUGAAGAGAUCUAUCUGAAUGGCUGCUCAAAGACUACUCCCAUGGCCAUCAAGUAUCUCAUAGACUGCUGUGUACCCCGCCUGUACGUCCAGCACUGUGUUCCCAACGCAGUCCCUGACCAGCUGAUGGCCAAGAACCUUGACACCGGCGAGUUCUGUAGAGCUGAUCUCCUCCAGACAUCAUGACGCUGUACUGUACGACAACGUGGGAUAAGCACCUGACAGGAAGGUGUACUAUAUGACAUGUGGGAUAAGCACCUGACAGGAAGGUGUACUGUACGACAACGUGGGAUAAGCACCUGACAGGAAGGUGUGCUGUACGACAUUGUGGGAUAAGCACCUGACAGGAAGCUGUGCUGUACGACAUUGUGGGAUAAGCACCUGACAGGAAGGUGUUCUGUACGACAUGUGGGAUAAGCACCUGACAGGAAGGUGUACUGUAUGACAUGUGGGAUAAGCACCUGACAGGAAGGUGUACUGUACGACAUUGUGGGAUAAGCACCUGACAGGAAGGUGUACUGUAUGAUAUUGUUGCAGGAUAUACAUUUUGUAGGCUCUAUCAUCUCUUAGGAUGUGAUUAGAUACCUUAGAUGGUUCACUAGGUCACUAUCAAAUCAAAAGUGUAUUUUAUCCACAAAUUACUGUUGAUAUGGUUGAAGAGACAGAGAGGAUGAAUGGUUAGAAAUGUUUACUUGUAUGCUGGUUGCCUGUAUUUGUUUUGGGAAGGAUGAAAUCCUGCCAUUGUUGUGAUAAUACUUGCUGAAUUUAUAAUAUAUAGUAUUCCAUGAAGAAAUUAUGCCAUUGUCAUGCACUAAAGGUGAUAUAAUGAGCAAGGUUAGAUUGAGUAUUAUUCACCAGUUACAUGCAGGGUGAACAUGAAGGGUUGGUUCUCCUGGGGAAUCCAAACAUCGGUUGUAUAAUACCCAAGGCAAAUCCUGAAUAUGUAAAACUCAUCUAGCAUAAUCAAAGUUGCUAUUUCCACAUGUCACUAUGAGUAUGAACUGUAUGGCAACAUGAAUCUUGUCAUGCGCACCAAUGACAAAAUUGGCUCUUGAGUAUUGUGGCAAAUCACAACAUGCAAAGUUUUAUGAAAUUGCUUUUAAACAUAAAUGUUUGAUUCCAGAGUGCCUGAUACUAUAUGCCCAGUGAGGAGUGUGUUACAUGAACACUUGGUGUGACAUUGCUCAAACUUAAUGCAUGAUAUGCGAGUCAUUCGAUCAGUCCUCUAACGAAUCAUUCCAUAUUGUCUGUCAUCUUUUUUUGCUGGUUGCAUAGGAGAUAUCGUUUGGGAGAGAUCUGUGAAAUCAUUUGCAGACCAUUGUGAAUUCAUUCGAUAACAAGACAUUGCGAUCUCAAAACGUAAAAGUUGGGAGACAAGUAUUUCAAGUAUUAAAUGGAAUCUUACUCAAGAGUCUGUUGAUAUAAAUGUAUCAAUUCUCAUGGAUUAAUGUUUAAAACUCCUCAACAAGUCUCGGACAGUUAGACCUUUAUCGACUCCUGUUGAUAUUUUCUUUGAGAGGCAUUUUAGAAGUUGAGAAGAAGUAAAAUCAAGUUGUAUGGAUAGUCAACUUCUUUAUUGCAACAUUCUGUUGAUAAGUUUGGUGGUUUCCUUUAUCAGUCGGGAUCCAUCAGUGAAGCAGUCAGAGUCACAUGAAGUGAAGCAGUCAGAGUCACAUGAAGUGAAGUAGUAGUUUCUAAGGUUACCCGUCACCAGUGUGUAUGUUGCCAGCAGGGUCAUGGACAACCUUCAUCAAAGAUAUUAGCUUACGAAGCUGCAUCCCUUGGACUUUGGAGACCUGUGAUUAGUUUUCCCUGAUCAUGUUUUUCGGUGUCUAUCACUGGUAAAGGUCUGAGCCCUGCUUCAUUUCUGGUCUGCUUCAUUUCAUUAGACGGACAUGCUGUGAUGUACUAGUAACUGAAUAUUGGAAAAGUUGCAUUUAGCCUGGCACACUCGCUCAGUCUGUUGCCCAGCUGUAAUGAACUAGAAAAGUCUGUGCUUAGCCAGUGUCACUUGGAACAACAUCAUAUGUGAGUGAUGCUUUGGAAUUUCAGUUAAGUCAGGAACAAUGGCCAGGGGUAACAAAUGUUCAGAUUCAAAUGCUUGGAUAUCAGAUGAUGUCUCUGUGGAGGGCUGUAAUUCAGGCUGAUUCCACCAGUUUCUGAAUCCAAGUUUUUUAACUGUUACAAUUGCAGCACAAAUUCCAUCUUACCUUGUUUUACACCAACAUUCCUUAUGUCCUUUGUAAUGUAAGCACAUGAAAGAAAUAUAAGAUGUCUUUAAUUUUGGGUUGGAAGUGAUAUUGGGGGCCUCAGUCUGAAUGUCUUGUGUAAGAUCAGGCCUUCCUGAGUAUAGGGGUGUGCCACAGGGGGUGUAGUUCUUAAUGUUGAUGAAAUACAUUUUGAAUCCUUGCCUUGCAUCCCUUGGGCAUGCCAGAAACCUUUGAUUGUGGGUUUGAUCUCAGUUCCCCAUUUUUAUGUUUCAAGGUUCAUCAGCAUCAUAUUUGUGGUAAACAUAUGAGACUCACAUCACAUCAUACGUUUCUCACAUGAAAGCUGAAAUACUGUGAUAUAACUGAAAUACUGUUAAAGGGUGGCUUUAAACACAACUCACUUACUCAUCCGUUUGACAAGCAUAUAUUUCAGGUUGUCUGCCCUUGUCAAACUGUUCCAGUGUAUGGAUUUUGUGCCUCAGAAACAAAUGUUAAUUGUUUUUAAAGUUCUGCCUUUUCAAGUGCUUAAUGCUUUUACUUGUAUUAACUUUUGUUCGGUAAGCUGUACUAUAUAUUUUACACAAUGUGUGGUGUGGUGGCCAAGUGGGUUAAGUGUUUGCUGCUCCUCAUACAGAAACUAUGGAUUGGAUUUCCACGUUGUCACAAUUUAUUAUGUCCAUUUUCUAGUGUGCCACUCUGUGAUCUUGUUGAAAUAGUCCUUUAAGUGGGACAACACCCAACUUGCUCACAUUUCAUACAAACUCAUAUUGGAACGAAAACUAAUGUGUUUUGUUCAUAUGUAUUGAAAUGCUUGAAAUGAAUUAAAAUAGAGAUAUAAUUAAAA